AUGAAUUCACUAAUAGCACCUGUGGCUCAGGACACACAUACAUCUAUGGGCGAGAUUGACAACUAUUUUAAAAGCACAUUGGAAGAUUCGUUCUACGGAAUAGAUGACAGCCUAGUAUAUAACUUUGGCAACUCGUAUACAAAGUACGGAACAUCGUACACGAGAAAUGGUACUUCAUACACUAAAAAUUUUUACAACACAGAUUCUUUGAUUUUAGGUGACGGAUUCGCGUUUACCACCAAUUUUGACCCGUAUUCAGUACACUUUGACCACGAUUCUAUACUCCAAAAUGCUUCAAUCUACCAUAACCCCGGGCUAUAUGAAACGGCUGAGAACCCAAACUUUUAUAGGGAUGUCUACCAUGACCCAGCUUUCUAUGGAGACUAUAAUAAGACGCAGUUUAUAGAACAAGAUGUGACAAAUGAUCCGUAUACCCAGUAUACCAUUCCGGAACUCGGUGGUUUAAAGGGACUGGACGUUAUCCCUGUGGAUGAUCCACACAUGCUACCCAUUGACGGAGAUGACCAUACUAGACAUGUGGAUCCAAAUGGAUUUAUUGAUUCUUUACGUACGGAAUCUGGUGUGAAUAAGGCAGUUAAAGCACAAGUAUUGCCCCAAAGUAAUGGGAAAGUUGAGUACGUCUCAACUACCAUGUCGCCAAUGUCAAGUGUUUCCACUCCCAUACUUGGUGGACACGUUGCAAGAGGUGGGCAUAUCGGUAGUGUUAUUCCAGUGAAUGGAACCAUCAAUAAUGCAGCUCCACUCGCAAGUGGUGUAAAAGUUGUACCAAAAGCAGCAGGCAAACCUGUAGGAAAAACCAGCAAAAGCGCAGCAGUGAAAAGAGUAAGCACCCAAGAUCUCGCUCUCUUUAAUUCGUUAAUGGACGCAACUAAUGUAACUCCACUCAGAGGACAAAAUGCUAUGGCUGGACAAAUGAAUGAACAAUCGUAUGCGAACAAAGAAAAGCCCUUGUACGCUGACUUAAUGUAUAAUCAGGAUAUGGCAGUGCAUGGUGCAGGUCCAAAUGCACUUAAAAGGAAAAGUCUUAAUCAUGCAGUUUAUGAUGGGUUCAAUGGCGAGACAGGCCAACAAUUUUUCGGAAAUGGAACCAUGAAAUCACCGUAUUAUAAGAUGGAUGCUUUUUCAAUGGAGGGUUAUACGAAAUCCCUCGACAGUUUGCUCUCAUGUUAUUCGCUUGAUACACAUACUGUAUCAACGAAUGCCAGCCCAAAUAAUUCUGAAAUGUAUGCGUUGGAGCAUCCGGCAAAUAUGCAUCCAAAUGACAAGAUACAGGGUAGGAUAUCCCUUGAGGGUAGGGAUUCCGUAUCUUCUUUCUCCUCUAACGCUUCACAGGAAGUACCUCAGUAUUCCCGUCUUACGAGAAUUACGCGCGAACCGGCGUUUCAGAUGGAGCCUUCAGAGGCGACAAAAGCUCAUUUCAUGGAAAUCCUUAGGAACGUUUACGCACAAGAAUACGUGGACGGCCCAUCUACCUACACGCUUCCACCAGAAGUUUUUCUUAGCAGCUACAUUAUUGACCUGGGUAAAAAGUAUGACGACUCACAGUUGGAUGUUGCCCCUCCAGAGGACCAUACAGUUUACACCAGGGUUAGCGGGGAUAAAUUGAAGCUCACAAAGCAGGUCUUGAGCAGCAGGGCCAUUGCAUCAUCUGCCAACUUGAAUGACGGGUUAAUGCGCUUUAAAAAUGAUGACACUGGUCUCUGCUAUUCCCCUACUAUUAGCUGGGAUUGGGAUGGUGUCCAUGAAGUUAGCUGGUGGAACGUGGAUAGCAACGGUGAUGUCAGAAACUUUAGAACAAAGUUUCCGCCAAAGGCGCCAGGCAUAAAGAAUGGAGCCUUUGAAGAAGCUAGUGCAUUCGCAAAGUUUGUGGAGAAUACAGUUCGACCCGGAAACCUCAUUAGAUGGUACCCGGGAUUCAACAUUCCUAUUGGAACCAACGGAAGGGCCAAUUUAAGGAAGGUGCUCCACAUGGAUAGGAUGAAGAAUGCAGAGCUUUGUGACCCUGUUUUGGAGGCUAAUGGACUUAAAGUUGCGGCAAAGUCUACCUUUGGAGACAUGACUAUUGUAGAACUCUACAAGGCAGCUUAUGUCCUUGGUCUCUGGGAUGUUGCAGCUUACAACUGUUUGAAAACAUGCAAACGCAGAGGAUAUGCCUUUGAAUGGCUACAUGAUAUUCAGAGGGCAGGCAAGAGAAUCACGCUAGAUGCCCUCAAGUAUCUCAGGGGUGUCCGUGAGUCCAUUGAACAGCAAAAGAAUGCUAAGAAUAACCUCCAUGAUAAAAUUAGAAGGAGGAAGACACCUGACAAGCGCAAGAGAAUGUCUGAAGUCUAA